GUCUCCUUCCAAGACGCCGGCACCGAUUAGAAAACGGUCUGUGUGUUGCGCAAAGGCGGCUGUUCAGCAAUGCAGCCCUCGUCGGUUAGGGAACGCCGAGGCAGAGGAGGAUGAGGUGGAGCUAGACUUUUCGCCUGCGCGGCCGGGAGACAGCUCGCCUUUUGCUGGGCAUCGCCAAGAGCGGCAGGGUGACGAACAAGGCUCCCGGCGGGAGAGUCGGGUCGCGGAGGCCUGGCUACGUCUGGCCCGAAUCGUCCUGCUGGAGCUCGGUACCCGCGGCCCCGAGCCAUCGACAGCCAUCCGAAGCUGCUUUAACGCAGGCCGCGAGGCGCACUGCCAGCAGCAGGAGGGCCUUACGCCGGAGGCGGAUGACAACGAAGAGUUUGACGCUUCAGCAGAUUGGCGCUCUCCCAAAGUAUGCCUCAGCUACCUCCUCGGGCAGUCUGUAACAUGGAUCGAGCCCGAGUCUGACGAGGAUGACUUCCAUUCACCGAAGGCAUCGCUCCAGAAGCCCCCGGACGAGGAGGAUGAGGAAGAAGCUCAUCCUGGGAUGAAGGCAAUUGCGCAGCAGCAGCGAGCCCCCGGAAUUGUGGAGGGCCUGCCCAAGUGCUUGAGCUUCUGA